CCGUCAUAUCUGCCGGAAAAGAUCGGAUUUUAUUCCCAAAUGACGACAGAAAAGUGGCUUAUUUCAUUCCUUGGAUUUUUACUGUUUUAGAAGAUCCUCGGAAUGACUUGAUCCACAUUCCUCCCUUUCAUUUACAGAGAAAAAUCGAACUCAACCAGCAGUUAUGACGGAAAAUAUUGUGUGCACUGAGGAAGGACAACAGGACAUGCUAACCCGCGUGCUUCUCACUGAAUCAAAAUACGCUGUAGCGUAUUGGCCAAGGAACAUUUUUUACUCCAACUGUCCAACACCUCAGACCGAGUGCUGCCAAGUAUCUGUUGACGAAGUAACCACCCAAAAGACCAUUUUCUGGAAAAAUGGUGCAUUUUUCGUUGAACAAACAUUGAAAGAAUACAAAAUCAAUGAAAAUAAACCAAGUCAGGGCUCAAUAAAAAAAUCCGGAAGUACUAAAGCAACGGCAUUCGCGAGCAGUUUUUGUAAUCACUGCCUAAUAUCAAUCUAAACUCUCAUGUUCAGACCCGUGCCAAGAAAAUUGAUUCUGUCUUUACUGACUUUUUAUUGACGCUUGGGUUGGUUGAUUUUCAUUUAUAUAUGUUUGUUUUUUCUAAUGCUUUUUUACGCAAUAUAUAUUUUUCGAGUAGAGUGUCUUCCUCAUUUUCAGAAGCAACCAAAGAAAUAUGUUCCUUAGCACAGUGCUUUUUAUAAAAACUAGGGAAGACGCGCGCAUUCGCGCGCGCUAGCCAGUUUGCAUGAAUUAGUGCAUUCAUUUGAUGCAUUCAUUCGAUAUAAAAUAGAAUUAUAACUCGAUAGGAUUUUUUUUAUUUGUAAUUUCCGUUUGUACAUUUACAUUUACUUUCUCACCACGGAAAAUACGUCGUGGAAUGGUGUUUUUCAAGUCUUCUCCGUUAGUUUUAUUCUACUUAUUUUCUAAAUAGUGUUAUUGAUUGGGUAAGUGAUAAAUCUCAUUUUUUAAUUUUUGGUUCGUGUCUUGUUCCAUCGUAGUGAUCAGGUUGGGAAUACGUCAUAUAUAUUACGUCGAACAAGUGAUUUUGUUCAAUUUAUUUUCGUUUGUUUUGAGCUGUCAAUUAUUUCAAUCAUCUUGACACAGUAGGCCAUUGAUUUUCAUCGAACUAUUCUUUACGAAUUUGUCUCGUUAUUCAUCAUGUCCGACGCCGAUAAUUCUCCAGCUCCUCAUUGCUCUAAUACUGAACCGAUUGAUGAUGGACUCGAGGUUCAAGAUCCACCAGUUGCAGAUCCCAAUGUUUUUACCAAUCUUGAUCUGCUGACAUCAUCUGCAUAUUUACAGAGCAUUUCUUCUGCUACAACAAAAUUGGUAGAGAUCAUCGGCAUUAUUCAUCUUGUCAAAGAAGCUGAGACUGUAACCUGUAAAAAUGGUGCAGUCAACGAUGUCUGUACAUUUUUCGUUCACAAUAAUGAUGGCGAAAUAGUUCAGUGCGUUAUGUGGGGUGAAAUCAUGGACAAAUUUCUUGAUCAGCUUCUAGUGUAUCAUGUCAUUCACAUCGAUGGAGCUUAUCCAAAAUACGUGAAGGAUCAAUUCAACUCGGGAACGACUCCUUAUGAAUUGGUGCUUCAAUCAAACACGACUGUUACUGAUUUGGGGAAGAUUCAACUCCAACAACGCUCUCAAUCGACCACUCCUGAGAUUACUCCUUUGAUUGAUCUAGCAACUUGCAAGAAAAUUGCUGCUUUAAGCGGAUUUGUCAAAACUCCAUGGACUGUGAUUGAAAAACAAGUCGAUAGUACUGGCAAUACUUGCUAUGGAUCCAUUGCUGCUCAAAAAUAUUUCGUGGAUGUAAAAAUUUCUGAUUUUCCCUCUGAUUUUAGUUCCCCAUUCGUGAAGGGACAGCAUGUCCAAUGUGUUGGAUCAGUGAUCAGAAAUGGUAGUAGGUUUUUCUUCUGCGUUCAAGCUCCAUUCUGUAUCACUUUGGUUGAUCAGACUGUCGCUACUUUCAAAGAUCUUCUUCGUUGUCAGCCGUUGAUGAUUCGAAAUCAGGCUGAUUCUAACAAUCGAGGCGAUGCUACUGCGGUUCAGCCCAAGAAAUUGAAGAGAAGUGAAAUAUCCAACAAAAGAUGCCCUAAAAAAGAUUAAGAAGUUACCAGUUAUGGCUUUUGUUUUUCAUUUUUAGUUAGCCAGAACAAUUUGUCUCUCCGAAUCAUCAACUACUUUUUGAAAAUAAAAAUAACAAAAAUAGAUCCAAAAAAAAGAAAUCAUAACCAGAAGAAUAUCCAACACUUCUAAAUCAUCAUAAUAUUAAUUAAAGAAAGUUCGAGCGUUUGAGAUUCACUUGAAAUUUUUUCGAUAAUUUACUGUUUAUGGACCUAGAUAUCGACAUUCUAUGUUAAUGACCAGCAUUGUUCUCUGUCUCACUCCGAUUUAAAUAACUUCGUAUACAAAAAAUUCUUUAAACCCCAACAUAAAUCUAUUAUAAUACAGAUUCAAGAUUAACAAUC